GUGCGUGUGUCCCUGUCCGCGCUGCUAAAGCGGGCUCUUCGAGGGAUCGGCGUCACAUGACUCCGCCUGCCCCUCGCCAGCGCGCAGCUCGCCAGUCCCUCAGUUUGCCCGGCGCCAGGGGAGGGUCGGGAAGCAUCUCCAGGGCCCGGGGGCUCUGCGAAGCGGGGAAGAGGUUCUGGAGGGGAAUGGUACAUCUGGAUUCCAGCAGCCGCGGCUCGGCGCCAGAUCCCGGACUGUAGAAAUUUGGGGGGAGGGGAGAGCGAGAAGGAGCGAGCGAGCGCCUGAGAGAGGCAGCGCGCCGCAAGGACAGGGGCUGCCGGGUGCCGCGCGGAGAAAAUGUAAGCGCGUGGAGUCUAGCUGGCCUCCGAGCACCAUGCAGAAGGGGAUCCGGCUGAACGAUGGCCACGUCGCGUCCCUGGGACUGCUGGCGCGCAAGGACGGCACGCGCAAGGGCUACCUGAGCAAGCGGAGUUCGGACAACACAAAAUGGCAAACCAAGUGGUUCGCGCUGCUGCAGAACCUGCUCUUCUACUUCGAGAGCGACUCGAGCUCGCGGCCCUCGGGGCUCUACCUGCUGGAGGGCUGCGUCUGCGACCGCGCGCCCUCCCCCAAGCCUACGCUCUCGGCCAAGGAGCCUCUGGAGAAACAGCACUAUUUCACGGUUAACUUCAGCCACGAGAACCAGAAAGCCUUGGAGCUGAGGACAGAGGACGCCAGGGAUUGUGACGAGUGGGUGGCAGCCAUCGCUCACGCCAGCUACCGGACCCUGGCCACGGAGCACGAGGCAUUGAUGCAGAAGUACUUGCACCUGCUGCAGAUCGUGGAGACCGAGAAGACGGUGGCCAAGCAGCUGCGGCAGCAGAUCGAGGAUGGGGAGAUUGAGAUUGAACGGCUGAAGGCAGAGAUCGCAUCCCUGCUCAAGGACAAUGAGCGCAUCCAGUCCACCCAGACUGUCACACCCAACGACGAAGACAGUGACAUCAAGAAAAUCAAGAAGGUGCAGAGCUUCCUGCGGGGCUGGCUGUGCCGGCGCAAGUGGAAGACCAUCAUCCAGGACUACAUCCGGUCGCCGCACGCCGACAGCAUGCGGAAGAGGAACCAGGUGGUGUUCAGCAUGCUGGAGGCCGAGGCCGAGUACGUGCAGCAGCUGCACAUCCUUGUCAACAACUUCCUGCGCCCCCUGCGGAUGGCCGCCAGCUCCAAGAAGCCUCCCAUCACGCACGACGACGUCAGCAGCAUCUUCCUGAACAGCGAGACCAUCAUGUUUUUGCACCAGAUCUUCUACCAAGGCCUGAAGGCCCGCAUCUCCAGCUGGCCCACUCUGGUCCUCGCCGACCUGUUCGACAUCCUGCUGCCCAUGCUCAACAUCUACCAGGAGUUCGUCCGCAACCACCAGUACAGCCUGCAGAUCCUGGCGCACUGCAAGCAGAACCGCGACUUCGACAAGCUGCUGAAGCACUACGAGGCCAAGCCCGACUGCGAGGAGAGGACGCUGGAGACCUUCCUCACCUACCCCAUGUUCCAGAUCCCCAGGUACAUCCUGACGCUGCACGAGCUCCUGGCCCACACCCCUCACGAGCACGUGGAGCGCAACAGCCUGGACUACGCCAAGUCCAAACUGGAGGAGCUGUCCAGGAUAAUGCACGACGAAGUGAGUGAGACAGAGAACAUCCGGAAAAACCUGGCCAUCGAGCGCAUGAUCAUUGAAGGCUGUGAAAUCCUCCUGGACACCAGCCAGACCUUUGUGAGACAAGGCUCCCUCAUCCAGGUGCCCAUGUCUGAAAAGGGCAAGAUCACCAGGGGGCGCCUGGGGUCUCUGUCCCUAAAGAAAGAGGGCGAGCGACAGUGCUUCCUGUUUUCUAAGCAUCUGAUCAUCUGUACCAGAGGCUCUGGUGGGAAGCUUCACCUGACCAAGAAUGGAGUCAUAUCCCUCAUUGACUGCACUUUAUUGGAGGAGCCAGAAAGCACGGAGGAAGAAGCCAAAGGAUCCGGCCAAGACAUAGACCACUUGGAUUUUAAGAUCGGGGUGGAACCAAAGGAUUCCCCGCCCUUCACAGUCAUCCUCGUGGCCUCAUCCAGACAGGAGAAGGCGGCGUGGACCAGUGACAUCAGCCAGUGUGUGGAUAACAUCCGGUGCAAUGGCCUCAUGAUGAACGCAUUUGAGGAAAAUUCCAAGGUCACUGUGCCGCAGAUGAUCAAGUCCGACGCCUCCUUAUAUUGUGAUGACGUGGACAUUCGCUUCAGCAAAACCAUGAACUCCUGCAAAGUGCUGCAGAUCCGCUAUGCCAGCGUGGAGCGGCUGUUGGAGAGGCUGACGGACCUGCGCUUCCUGAGCAUCGACUUCCUCAACACCUUCCUGCACUCCUAUCGCGUCUUCACCACCGCCGUCGUGGUCCUGGACAAGCUCAUCACCAUCUACAGGAAACCCAUCAGUGCCAUCCCCGCCAGGUCAUUGGAGCUCUUGUUCGCCAGUGGCCAGAACAACAAGCUCCUGUACGGCGACCCCCCCAAGUCGCCACGCGCCACCCGCAAGUUCUCCUCACCCCCACCCCUGUCCAUCACCAAGACAUCAUCCCCGAGCCGCCGGCGGAAGCUCUCCCUAAACAUCCCCAUCAUCACAGGCGGCAAGGCCCUGGACCUGGCCGCCCUCAGCUGCAACUCCAACGGCUACACCAGCAUGUACUCGGCCAUGUCGCCCUUCAGCAAGGCCACGCUGGACACCAGCAAGCUGUACGUGUCCAGCAGCUUCGCCAGCAAGAUUCCAGAUGAGGGCGAUAUGAGCACUGAGAAGCCCGAAGAAUCCUCCGCUCCCAGCAAACAGAGCUCAGAAGUCUCCAUGAGGGAAGAGUCAGAUAAUGAUCAAAACCAGAGUGACGAAGGUGACACUGAGACAUCACCAACCAAAUCGCCAACAACACCAAAAUCGGUCAAAAGCAAAAAUUCCUCAGAGUUCCCACUCUUCUCUUAUAACAAUGGAGUUGUCAUGACCUCCUGUCGCGAGCUGGACAGUAACCGCAGCGCCCUGUCAGCAGCCUCCGCCUUUGCUAUAGCAACUGCAGGCGCCAAUGAGGGCGCCCCAAACAAGGAGAAGUACCGGAGGAUGUCCCUGGCUAGCGCAGGCUUUCCCCCCGACCAGAGGAACGGAGACAAGGAGUUUGUGAUCCGCAGAGCGGCCACCAAUCGCGUCCUGAAUGUGCUCCGCCACUGGGUCUCCAAGCACUCUCAGGACUUUGAGACCAACGACGAGCUCAAAUGCAAGGUGAUCAGCUUCCUGGAGGAGGUCAUGCACGACCCGGAGCUCCUGACCCAGGAGCGGAAGGCUGCAGCCAACAUCAUCAGGACUCUGACCCAGGAUGACCCGGGGGACAGCCAGAUCACGCUGGAGGAGCUCACACAGACGGCUGAAGGCGUGAAGGCCGAGCCCUUUGAAAACCACUCAGCCCUGGAGAUCGCGGAGCAGCUGACCCUGUUGGACCACCUGGUCUUCAAGAAGAUCCCUUAUGAGGAGUUCUUCGGACAAGGAUGGAUGAAACUGGAAAAGAAUGAAAGGACCCCUUAUAUCAUGAAAACCACUAAGCAUUUCAAUGAUAUCAGUAACUUGAUUGCUUCAGAAAUCAUCCGCAAUGAGGACAUCAAUGCGAGGGUGAGCGCCAUUGAGAAGUGGGUGGCCGUGGCUGACAUAUGCCGAUGCUUACACAACUACAAUGCUGUUCUGGAGAUCACCUCAUCCAUGAACCGGAGCGCAAUCUUCCGGCUGAAAAAGACAUGGCUCAAAGUCUCUAAGCAGACAAAAACUUUGAUUGAUAAGCUCCAAAAGCUUGUGUCGUCAGAGGGCAGAUUUAAGAAUCUGAGAGAAGCUCUGAAAAAUUGUGACCCACCCUGUGUCCCUUACCUGGGGAUGUACCUCACUGACCUGGCCUUCAUCGAAGAGGGGACGCCCAACUACACGGAGGACGGCCUGGUCAACUUCUCCAAGAUGAGAAUGAUAUCCCAUAUCAUCCGAGAGAUUCGCCAGUUUCAACAAACUGCGUACAAGAUAGAGCACCAGGCAAAGGUAACCCAAUAUUUACUGGACCAAUCUUUUGUAAUGGACGAAGAAAGUCUCUACAAGUGUUCUCUCCGAAUAGAACCAAAACUCCCCACCUGAAGCUGUACCCAGCCCACCGCCAUGGACACAUGCUAUAUGAUAUUGUACAUAGUCGUUUGGUUUCUCUGGGUUUUCUUCUUUAGUAUGUGCUUCUCCAAGAAUACAAAUCCGUUCUUGUUCUUAGAUUCCUGUAGAACCAAAAUAUGAAUCUCUGCACCGGUUAGGACUUGGUCCACGCACCCCACCCCUCGUUUCCUGCAGUGCCUGUUUCUCUGAAACAAUUGUACUCUUAGUCUGUUCUUCCCAGCCCCUCACUCUCCCCCAAAGGGAAAACAGAAUCCGUGCAUACACGAAUCUUUGGCACCAGUCCUGCUUCUGUCCGUCCCCAGCCCAGGCCCCUGGGUUGAGCUGGCCACACAGCAUCCUCCGGCAUGUUCCAUGUAGCUGUUAUAACAGGGUGGGGGGUAGGGGGGAGGCGGGAGGGGGAACCGUACCCUGAAGUCCAGUCAUCGACGAAUCUUCCCGCUGACGGUGAUGCCAAUUUCCAAAGCAGCUUUUUCAGCCAAAAUCGCAGGUCUCAAAACUCCGUGUCUCCCAGUGACCUGGAGGGAAAGGAGUCCUGUCCGCUGAGAACCACGCCCUGCGACACUGAGGCCACCACCUCGUUCAGGCACUACGUGGCUCCUGGCUCUGAGAAUAAACCCAGGUAGCGUGACUAGCAGUCUCGAUAACCCUGGACAAGGCCCUGGAACUUCCUGAGGAAAACAGAAUCACAACACAAAGUCAUGUCGACUUCUGCCGACGGCUGCCCAGCAUUCACUGCGAGUCGGGAACACACAAGAAUGUCACUUUUCCUCUAUGAGCUGCCUAACGGUCACUACAAGCUUACGUUGAGUUGCUCCAAGUCUGUAUGCCUUGUGAAAAAAAUAGUACCACACUGUAGAAUUAGGAAAUCAAUAACCAAGUGUUUUUAUUGCAUAUACUGUAGUCCUGUCUAAAUGCCUUCUAGCAGGAAUAUAGUACCGUAGUGCUUAUUCUGUGAAUAUUACCAUCUAUUUUUUACAUUGUACAGUAUAGAAAACACAGGUUAACUCUGAAGUGGCAGGCAUGCUCCACUCUGACAAACAGACAACUUUUGCUGUAAGCAAUACCUAGUGGUAUGAGAAUUCUCUUUCAAGUCCUACAAUAUUUCAACUUACAGCUUGUUUGGAAAAAAAAAGAAAUUUCCAUUUUUGUAAAAAUAUAUGUUUCCUGAUUACCUCUUGCUAAUAAAUCUAUUCUAUCUCAGGGU